UUCUGUGUUUUCAAUUGAUGUAAAUUCCUGUUUUAUCGAUAAAUGGUUACAAAGAGAAUUCGUAAACGUGGGUGUCAAUAGCAGCGAGCUACUUUAUCGACUGUAGAUCUAAAUUUCAUGUUCUAAGAAUCUACAAUCAAUAAACGAGACGUGAAAGCAGACUGCAGUCUGCAAACACGGUUGCAAUUCUCAGCGAGAUCCAGCUUUGGAUAGGUAUGGGCGAGGGUAUGGGGGAUUGCCGGAAUUGCCGGAUACGCGGUGCGCGCAUUGUCGGCCAUUACGGAUUUGUUCUCGUGGACGCGUCGUUCUAGUUCGAGACUACUACGGAUUUUUGACGAGUAUCUCGUAGCACAAAGGAACCGAGGGCAUUAUUAAAAGUGUUUGAUCGAGAAUCCGGAUCUUAUAAAACAUGGAAAUGAAUAGAUCCAGCAACGGUGAUUACAAGUACGAGAGAGAGGAAGAGGAUGCCGAUGAUAAACCCAGGUCUCUCGAUGAAUCUGAGAAUCACCAGCUUGACAAGGCUGGCGAGUAUAUGAAUGAGCUCCUGCAGGAAAAGAUUGAAUUAGACGGGCAGAAAUGGCCAAACGCCAUCCGAUUAUUGGAUCAAGAAAUUCAUAAAACAGAAACUAUGCGAAGACCGAUGAGAGAAUCAAAAUAUGUGGAUAUUUAUCGUGAAAAACAUGUUCGUGUCUCUGUCAAAGUAUUAAUACCCAUUCGUGAACAUCCUAAAUUUAAUUUUGUUGGAAAAUUGCUUGGGCCGAAAGGUAAUUCUAUGAAACGCCUGCAAGAAGAAACAAUGUGCAAAAUGGCAGUGUUAGGCAGAGGAUCAAUGAAAGAUAAACAAAAAGAAGAAGAACUUCGUGCUUCCUUGAAUUUAAAAUAUGCGCAUCUUUCCGACGAUCUGCAUGUAGAGAUUACGGCUAUUGCCCCACCAGCGGAAGCUUACGCUCGCAUUGCUUUUGCGCUCGCCGAGGUGCGGAAAUAUUUAAUCCCUGAUAACAAUGAUAAUAUACGUCAAGAACAAAUGCGCGAAAUGGAAAUGGGUAUAUCUGACGAUACAAACGAGCGCAGACCUUCAAUGAGAGGACCUUCAAAUCUUGAUGUUGGUAAUGUACCGAGGCCUUCUGCAAGACAGGGACCUAGACAAUCUAGAGGUAUUUUUCAUCCACCACCUGUGAAUCGUGGGCCACAUGCUCGUGGACCUGCACCAUCCAAAUCAAAAGUAUUCUCAAUUUUAGAUCGCGCGAGAGCUGCUAUGGAUCAAGGUUACAACUAUGAUACUCAGAAUCCUUCGGCAACAAAUCGUGCUGGAUCACAUCAUGAUUAUGAUUACCACGGAUCAUCAGGUAAUAACGCUCGAUAUGGUGAUCGUUAUACAUCAAAUUCUGGAUACACGACUUACGAAUACGAUGAUGAUUCUGCACCACAUUCGUCUCGUGAUUAUUACGAAUCUUCUGAUUAUGCAGACGAGUCGUCGAGCCGCGCUUGGAAAUCUUACAAGACUACAACGACGUCAGGCGCAGCCUCGCGUUACCGCACUACCCCAUAUACACGACCUUCCAACAUUGUUGCUAAUCCGUUGACGGCUGAUCUUCCUUAUGCACGGCGGCCUAUAAUGCCCAAUAUGCAGAAACCGAUAAACGAAAGAAAUCGUCCUUAAUCGAUCGACGAAUGAAGAUUAAUACGAUUAUUUUUCGCGGCCACUGGAUAAACAGGAAUGUAUAAACCUAAUCUAUUAAAAUAUACCCCAUAUAGAAUUUACACAUUAGUAAAAAAAUAUUUUCAAUCAAAAACGCGAUAUUAAUUCCU